GGGGAUGAGCCUGAGAGCACCAGCUGCAUCACCAUCCGCCUGACCUUCUCCAACCUGUCCAAUUACUUCCUGUCGUCCACCUACCUUCCCACCUUCGUCGUGGCGGUGAUUGGCUACAUGACCUUCUUCUUCCCUGUGAACGACUUCAGCGAUCGGUUCAUCGUCAGCCUCACGGGCCUUCUCGUCGAGGCGGCCUUCUUCAUGCAGACAAGUUCUUCUAUCCCGCAGACAGCUUACAUCAAAAUGAUUGACAUCUGGUUCAUGUUCUGCAUCGUGUAUUUCUUCCUCCUGAUGACUGCUCUACUUCUCAUCAAUAAAUGCCUGGAAAUGGCCAAGCAAGAAGAUAAGAGUCUGGAGGAGGUGACCCUGGAACCACGAGCCAUGACAUCGAGGGGUUGUUGUCAUUUCGUCAAGGGCGUCAUCAGCCUUCCAAUGCCCAAACGACCUGGCGAAUGGAACGCGGCCGCUGUUAGACUGAAUCGCAUCUGUUGGGCAUUUUUUCCUCUCUUGACUCUUGUAUUCCUUAUUAGCUAUUUCAGUUACGCUCGCAUUCUCAGCCAGGUAAAGCCUAUGGUUCUCGAGUAAAGGAAGAGGGCGUGUAGUAAUUAUCAUCGGUCUAUAGCUGUUGGGUGCCUACUUUGGCUUGUUAUCUACGCGUCACCUACUCCGAGGUACUAGUACUAUAAACAUGGCGGAAGCUCCUUGGGACGUCGUGUUUAGUUCUAGCCCCUUGGGAAUCAAAGAAUUAUAUGCACACAUUUCUGUAUCAUGUGGUGGACAAAAUAUAUGAAAACUCACUAGUUAUAUACUGGUCACUAAACCAACAAUUGCCUUAAUGGAAGUGAUGCAUGUUCACAAACUAUUGCUCAUUACGAAGCAAAAGAAGACUUUACGUAGGAGAAAAAAACAGUUUGAAUUAUAAUUGCUGUUGAAUAAAAAUAGCAACAAUAUAGUAUACGGUUGCUGUUGAGGGACAAGCAUCACUUUACUAUUAGUUAAGAGGAAAUCAGCAAGUUAACUCUCUUCGGAUCUACAUCACUCAAUCGAGUUUUCUAUACAGCCACUACAGCGUAUAAUCAAAAGCCACCGAAAUUAGAUACAUCUUUCGGUGGUCUCGGUAUAAUGCUGCAUGAGCCGAGACCCAUGAAACUUUAACCACAGCCUAUCCUAUAUUGUAACCAGAAGCACAAUCAUGGCUAACUUUAAACUUUUAAAAAAAAAGUACUGAGGCUACAGUGCUGUAAUUUGGUAUGUUUGAUGGUUGGAGGGUGGAUGAUCAACAUACCAAUUUGCUGCCCUCUGGCCUAAGUAGUUUUUAAGAUCUGAGGGCGAACAGGAAAAGUGCGAACGGUCAAACAAAAGCAGGCACAAUAUUGUUCUUCUACAGAAAACUAAACUAAAAUAUUGUCUUAUUUCUAAGUGGAGAUACUCGAGUCUUAUGAAAUUGAUUUAUGAAGCAGCGUAAAACUAAGUAUUAAUAGAAGCUCAUAAAAUUCAUGUUAGCAAUCCAUGGUUUGGUUUAAUAGCAUACUACGCUUUGUAUAGUUUAGUCCGUACAUACAGAGAUUUUAUGGGGGCGAUUUACCUUCGUUCUACUUUGAAAGACAUUUGU